AAACUCCUUAUGAAUAUGCAUGUUGAGUUAUUAACCACGUAGGCUCCUCCUAGUAACCCCCUCUCACACUUAUCGUACAAAGAACUACGAGUACAUGAAAAUCUUUCUCUUUCCUCCGUCAUCGUUUCAUUCAAAUUCCCAAAACCUCAAACCUCACCAACAAUGGCGGCGAGACUAUUAACUCAACUCCGCCACCACUUCACCACCGCAAAUCGCCACCAUUUUCUCUCUCCUCAACUUCUCCGACCAAUUUCAUCGGCCGGACUUUUCUUCCGGCGUUCCUCUGAUGUCGCCCAACCUCUGCCGAAAGAUCUCACAACCUCCGAAGAAACCCUUCCUCCAACUCUCAGUAAACCUAAAAUUAGCUUCAAUGGAGCUAAGGAUUCAGUCAAGUCGUCCUUGAAUGAGGGUGAACUUGCGAAAUUCUCCGCCAUUGCUGAAACCUGGUGGGAUGCUAAAGGACCAUUCAAACCGUUGCAUGCUUUAAAUCCCACAAGGCUUGCUUUCAUACGUUCAACGCUUUGCCAUCAUUUCAGAAAAGAUCCAAACUGUGCUAGGCCAUUUGAAGGUCUGAAAUUUGUUGAUGUUGGCUGUGGAGGAGGAAUAUUAUCAGAGCCCUUGGCACGAAUGGGAGCUACAGUGACUGGAGUUGAUGCAGUGGAUAAAAAUAUUAAAAUUGCUCGCCUUCAUGCUGAGUCUGAUCCAGCCACUUCAUCCAUUGAAUAUCUUUGCACAACAGCUGAAAAGUUGGUAGAAGAACAGAGACAGUUUGAUGCGGUGCUUGCUUUAGAGGUGAUUGAGCAUGUGGCAGAUCCUGCUGAAUUCUGCAAGUCGCUUGCAGCGUUAACUGUUCCUAAUGGAGCUACUAUGAUUUCAACAAUUAAUCGUACCAUGCGAGCAUAUGCUACUGCCAUAGUUGCUGCAGAAUACGUUCUUCACUGGCUUCCAAAAGGUACACAUGAAUGGUCAAAGUUUCUUACCCCUGAGGAACUUGUCUUGAUCCUUAAACGAACUUCUGUUACUGUCCAAGAGAUGGCUGGUUUUGUGUACAAUCCGCUGUCUGGGAAAUGGCUUCUAUCGGAUGAUAUAGGUGUAAAUUUCAUUGCAUAUGGAACUAAAAGCUCCGAAGAAUAGCGAUAUAACAGAGGUUCUUUGUUUUCCUGUUCUUGAAUUGAAUGAAAGAUAAUUAUGCCAUAGUAAUACCAUAGAGUUUUGUUUUUGGCCGAGCUAGAAAAUUGCUGAUAUCCUGACUAUAAUGGACAGUACUGGUGUAAAUAUUUUUGCAAGCUGCAUAAAGAGGGAUUUAGUUUACUUAGCAUUAUUUAAUAAAAAGCUCGCUACAUUUUUACCA